UCCCUCGGACACAGCGGAUCACCGAUCCACGGAAAGAGCCGAAGAUGUCGGCUCGGUCAUGUGAUCAGCUGUGUCCAAUCACAGCUGAUCACAUGGGACAUCUACACUGAUCAUCAGAGCACUGAUGAUCAGUGUGCCCUGAUGAUCUGUGUAGCCCCAGCAGUGCCACCUGUCAGUGUCCAUCAGUGCCAGCUCUCAGUGCUCAUCCAUGCCACCUGCCAGUGCCCAUCAGUGCCAUAUUUCAGUGCCACAUCAAUGCCACAUAUCAGUGCCCAUCUGAGCUGCCUUUCAGAGUCACCCAUCAGUGCCAGUCAGUGCCACCUAUCAGUGCUGCCAAUCAGUGCCACCUAUCAGUGUGCAUCAGUGCCGCCUAUCAGUGCCCAUCAGCGCUGCCUAUCAGUGCCGCCUAUCAGUGCCAUAUAUCAGUGCUGCCUUUCAGUGCCCAUCAGUGAUGCCUGUCAAUGCCCAUCAGUGCCACCUACC